AUGUCUGCUCCCAGAGCCAUCAGACAGGCCUUCUUGGCCGUUGAGAAAUCAGAAGGUGUGGGCGCCCGCGUACGGCGAUCAAUUGGCACCCCGAAACUGCGAAAUUUCAGUCCCUUCCUCAUGCUUGACCAUUUCACCGUUGGAAAGGAAGCUGGAUUCCCAGACCACCCUCAUCGCGGACAAGAAACCAUCACCUACCUUCUCUCCGGCGGUGUCGAUCACGAAGACUUCACCGGACACAAAGGAACCAUCGGACCCGGUGAUCUGCAAUUCAUGACUGCAGGCAGAGGCAUAAUGCAUGCAGAAAUGCCACAUAACAACCCAGACGGCAGCCCCAACGUCGGCAUACAGCUCUGGGUAGAUCUGCCAAAGAAACUGAAGAUGUGCGAGCCUAGAUAUCGCGACCUCCGCGCUACGGAAAUUCCCAUCGCCUCUAUCGAUAACGGCAGGGCGACCGUCAAGGUCAUCUCGGGCAAAUCGCACGGGAUAGACUCCGUCAAGGAUCUAGCUUACACACCCGUCUGGAUCCUAGAUAUCACGCUUAAGCCAGGCGGCAGGAUCACCCAGACAUUGCCAAUUGGAUGGAACGCAUUCGCCUAUACGCUAGACGGCACGACCACCUUUGGAGGCCGCAAGGUCUCCAAAUUCCAUAACGUCGUCUUUGUACAAGAGGGCGACUCUAUCCAGGCAUCGAACCCCACUAUGGACGAGGAUUCUCACUUCUUGCUCAUUGCCGGCCAACCUCUCGAUCAAGACGUUGUCCAAUACGGCCCAUUCGUCUUGAGUUCGACUGAAGAAGUUUACCAGGCUCUCAGCGACUUCCAGACCAGCGCCAACGGGUUCGAAAGGGCAAGAGGAUGGCAGAGCGAGAUUGGGAAGAGAAUGCUAUAG